CUUUGUUUGGAUGGCUGCCCCUGCGAUUUUUACACUAAACGCCAUUGUAGACUUUUAUUUUGAAGCCCACUUCCGUGUGCGCAGCUGCUAAUGCUAGCUUAACACGGCGUUGACACCGCAUCAACGGCAAACUGAAACGAAAGGCGGCGGACACGUUCUUCCGAGCCUUUUCUGCUGAAUGUGUUGCGAAGAAACCGCCUCUGUUCUGAGUGGGGAAUUCGUCUUUGUCGUAUAAACGGUUGCUCGCCAGCGAGGAGAGAAGCUUGAGCUUCAGCCGCGUCAUUAUGGAGUCUGCUCUGCGAAACAACGAGCUGCUGCUGCUGCUGCCGUCUGGAGGAAGCGGAGCACAAACGGCUGCGUGUUAGGUUCGUGUCCCGGGAGUCGGUGCUGUAUUCGCGGUCCAGGCUUAAGGGCUGUGGGUUGCAGCUCACGUGUGGCGUGUUGGACGCUAGGCCACGUCCUCCUGUGGUGCCUCGGACAGACAUUGGCCGGGUGCGGUGGGAAUGCCGAGUUUGCGGAAGGAGGAACAAGAGUGAAAAGCCGAGAUGUGUCAGCCCCGGGACAUUCAUGACUUAGGCUCGGUGUGUGCUGUUCGUGUCGCGCUGCCUCGGGUCCUCGCCAUGUCACGGAGACGGAUGCCUGGAUCCCGCCACUGAGCCCGCGCUUCCUUUGAUUGUUCUUCUCGUUUAUUCCCGUUAAAAUGGUUGGAUUCGGUGCCAACCGCCGCGGCGGCCGCGUGCCGUCCUUUCUCCUCAUCUUCCUGCUGGCGGUGAUCGUCAUACUGUCCUUCAACUGCUGGACUCUGAGCAGCAAACACACUCGGCUGCUGGACGAAGUGGCCGAGAUCCAGGCGCAGGUGAAGCGGACGGACGCGGCGCGGAGUCGCCUGGAGAAGCGCAACUCGGAGCUGAUGGUCCAGGUGGACACGCACCGGAAGCAGCUGGACCAGAAAGAUGGGGAGUACAGCAGCCUGGAAGCCAAGGUUCAGGCCCGGGAGCUUCUGAUCAGGAAGUGCACUGACGACAAGAUUAAGAUGCAGACCGAUGCGUCCGUCCAAAUGACAGAAAUGCAACGACUUGAAGAACAGCUAAGGGAGUUGAAGCAGGAGUUCAUGAAGCAGGAGGAGCAGUUGAAAGAGGUGAAGAGAAACAGCACCACGCUGGAAAAAAAGCUUGAAUACGAAAGUUUACAAUGCGGGAGUCAAAUUGCCCAGCUCAAGAUGCAAUAUGAAGAAUCCAAGAAGUCUUUGAAGAAUGAAGCAUCUAACCUGAGACAAAACUCAUUUGAAGCCCAGAAGGAUUCUAUGUUGGGUAAACGUUUGGAAGGAGUAGAAGGUGUGGUGCCAGAGCGCCACCCUGUGACGACAAAAAAGCACAACAGUCCAGAUUUAAAAGAGGAGAUGGGCAAACCGGGGAGUGACGCAGGGAUGCCUGGUAUUGAAGACAGUGAGGUUGGUAAAGUGGACCUCCAAGAUGUACAGUUUGGCAUCAAGAAGCAUGAUGACUCCCCUGACGUGGUCGUGGGUGCCGGUGAAGGCCCUGCAAUUGGAGCAGCUGAUGGUCUCGCGGGUCAAGGCCUUUCUCUUGACAGGCCAAGACUCCAGGACGGAGUGGAGACCCAAGACGCUGUGAUCGGUCCCCCAGGUUCCAUCAAAAUGGCUGACAAACCCGUGGUGUUUGAGGAGGAUAACAAGGCAGCGAUCAAGGCUGAUGAGCUCGGAGAGCAGCAAAGACAGCUCCAGGCUCCGGAUAAACUCAAGGAAGAAGCAGAUCGCUUGAAGGGGAUCCCUGUGCUGCCCAACCCGGCCCAGUUACCCAAUCCCUUCCAGCCGCAACCGGCCAAAGAUAAGUUGGCAGCAGAGCCAGUUCACCACCGCCAAAGCCGUUUUUUUGAUGAGAACGAAUCCCCCGUAGAUCCGCAGCACGGCUCUAAGCUGGCGGACUACAAUGGGGAUGAUGGGAACGUUGGUGAGUAUGAGGCUGACAAGCAGGCCGAGCUGGCUUACAAUGAGGAAGAGGAUGGUGAUGGUGGGGAGGAAGACGUUCAAGAUGACGAUGAGCGAGAGCUACAGGGAGAACGUGCUGCGGAUUAUGGGAAAAGACAUCAACCCGUGGACACUCUCUAAAGCUGAAAAUCAUUGAAAUGAAGAGACGGUCUUCUGGGCACAAGUUCCUAGAGCAGCAGGUCGUUUCAGAGUGUAUUGCUGGCCAUCUUCACCAUUGUAGAACACACAAAGAAAACAACAGACAUUUCAACGCAAGAUGGAGCAAUACAACAAUAUGACCAUGACAUUCGGCUUCUGAAACAACUGGAAAGAAUUGGGCAUUUAUUUUGGGGGUAUUUAGAUCUUUUUUUUUAUUGGAGAAUGAUAUAUUCUUGAUUUUUUUUUGCCAUUUUUAUUUCCUCUCAGACACUUCUGGACUCUUCAGGAUUAUUUUUGUUACAGCCAUGUGAAUGCAUUAAUGCCAAGGACUUCUUUACCUUCAGCUGAGAAUGACAGUGUCUUUCUUCCUCCUGGUCACUGAGAUAUACAGAUAGGCUUGACGGGUUUUCUAAACACCAUCAUAAGCGUUUAAGGAAACGUAGCGUUGUUUUGAGGAGUCAAAUGACUGAUGCUUUAGCAAUACUUAGAGCAAGUCGGGAUUCGCUGUCGUGUGUGCAGACUAACCAAGCACAUGAAGUUGAAGUACUGUACAAAUGCUUCCAGUUAUGAGGUCUCUUGUACAUAUUGUAGACAAACUGCUGCCAUUUUUACCAGGAAAAAAAUCUCUCGCAUUAAAGGGAAACUCAUGAUCAUGGAAUUGAUUUCAUAUUUGUAAAAAGGCGCGUUGAAUGUAACUUAAUUUUAUUAAAUGUAUACCUUCAUGUUU